AUGCUGAGGCUCAAGUCCCCGCAAUGGGCCUUUCUGGUGGGGUUCCCGAUCUUUCUGGCGGAGUUGAUCCCAAGUACUUUGUCCUCUAACGCAGGCAGCCCGCUCGCAGACAAUGAGUACAGAGUCUUUUUCUCAUCCCUGAGACCCACAUGGAAGGCGACCUUGGUGUGUCAGAUCCGACGUAGCAAAGGUUGCCAGGAUCCUAAAAUCCUAGAGCUGGAUCGGUAUGAGAACCAUGGCCAGAUCCCAGAGGGUCCCAUCUGCACAGAUGAGCCUCAUAUGGUACAUUUUGAGACCUUUUGUCUAUUUGCACAGUUUCGGUGUUUAAAUCGGAAGUUCUACAUCAAGGUGAGGGGGAGAGAAUUACUAUAUGAAGAGAUCGAUGUCCCCUCUCCAGCUCCAAGCCUGAGGCUUGGCAUGGCCCCCACAGAGGUUUCCACGCCGUCUUCGGAUGCCCGCCUCCGCUCCAACAUCGAUGCCAUUUUGAAAUACUCCUUUGCAGUCUCAGGCCAGGAACCCGUGCCCAAGGACCAGUUCCCAACUCCACCCAGUAAACCAGACUACUUAAAAGCUGUGCUGGUCACAGCCACUGCUCAAGUCUCAGCCAGUGCUGAAACAGCCCUGGCAGACACCGAACCGGUUAAAGCCACAAAGGAGCUCACAGACCGGCAGCUCCACAAAACCAUCCGCCAUCUGAUUGGCAUGGCAUUUUCAUUGGAGCAGUCCCUGAAUGCAGAGAACACACAAGCUGCCAAAGGCAGAAAAAGAAACCUGAAAAUCCUGAAUAUCCAGGAAGCAAUCUCAGGGAGCAGUUCCAAGGGGAGCCUCUUAGCUCUUGACAAGGAUGAAGCUCUGGUGAUUCUCUGCUAUGCAGUGCUACAAGAUAUUUGCAUAUCCUCAGCUGUUAGCAAGGCCUGGAAACAAAUGGAGUCAAAAACCUUUGGCUAUGGGGAUUUGGUAUGCGAUAGCCUUGGUCGACGCCAUGCAGAUCUGUGCCCUGACUGUGCUUUCUGCUCCCUGAAGACAGAGCAGUGCCAAGGGGCCUCCAAUCUGAAACGUAUCCACUGUGAUGGCGGCACGUUUACAUCCUACAUCAAUCCUGGGAUCUUGGCUCAGCACCAGGCUGUGGCCCCCAUGGGCUCUGCAGACAUAGAAGAGUAUUGUGGGAUUGAAACAUAUGAAGGCUUGCAGGCAGAGUAUUGGUGUGGUCGCUUGGCCACUCAUGGUUGUGAUGAUUUUCGUGUAUCUCUGUGGUUAAAGAAGGAAUAUUCCUCCUUCCAAAAAGGAGAUUUCCCAGACAAGAUCUGUGACUCAACAAGAGUUCAACAUCCAACUUAUUGUGCGUUCAAAAGCAACCAGUGUCUGAAAUACAACCUCAGUGGAGAGAAGGUGAUGCGGAGCGUCUGCCGAAAACAUCAGACUUACCAAGUGCUAAGUAAGGAGGAAGGGGAAAAAGAAGUGCUGCUCUGGAGCCAGAAAUUCUUGAGCUUUGCUGGAGAGAGUGUGAGUGAAGGAACACAAAGGACGAAAGGAGCGGCUCUGACAAAGACUCCUGGGAGGCAGUGAGGCACAGAGAGAGCAACACAGAUGGAGACACAAACGCACAGUGUGUGGCUCUCAUCUUAUACAGGACAUUCGGUAUGGGACAGUCUCUGCCGUUUUAAGUGCCCCAGUCUCUUCUGUACUUCGCUUGGUGCUAGGAGCGAUUUUACUGUGGAUGCUGUUAAAUCUGCCUCACAAGUUC